GAUAAGGAGCCACCACUCAAUCAAUGAGACGUUAUUUCGCCGUGAAGUUGACACCCUGUUGAACAUUGAACAUGAAAAUAUGGUAAGGUUUCUUGGCUUUUGUGCUACCACUAACCAGAUAGCCAUAAAAAAGGAAGGAUUAAGAGAGCAUAUUUACGCCGAGGAAAGAGAAAGAUUGCUAUGUUUCGAGUAUAUCAGCAAUGGAAGCCUGCGAGAAUAUAUUACUGAUGAAUUACAGGGACUUGAAUGGAACACACGUUAUGAAAUAAUUAGAGGCAUUUGUGAAGGUUUGUAUCAUCUGCACAAGGAAAAACAAAUAUAUCAUAUGGAUAUGAAACCUGACAAUAUACUACUAGACAAUGAUAUGAUGCCGAAAAUCACGGAUUUCGGUUUAUCAAGACUUGAUGAAAAGUCACAAACCAUGAGUGAAGAGCGUCUUGGAUCACGAGGAUAUUGUGCUCCUGAAUACCUAUGCCAUGGAAAGAUGUCAUUCAAAACAGACAUGUAUAGUUUGGGCGUCAUAAUUAUCGAGCUAGUGACAGGACAAAAGGCGCUCCCCGAUAAGAAUAACAAUGCACUUAGGAGAUGGAGGCAUAGAUGGAAGAAAACGGGGAAGGAAACACAGUUGGCUUACCAACAAGUAGCAAAAUGCGUCGAAAUUGGGUUACUAUGCCAGGAAAUUGACCCAUCCAAACGGCCUUAUAUAUGGCAAAUGAUACAUGAUAUAAGAGAAAUUGAUGGUCCUAAUGAAAAAACCAGCAGUGCAUAUGAACAGCUUCAGGGCAAGUCACCAGGAUAUAUGCAUCGUGCCAAUGAACUCAUUGUAUGGAGCACCAAAGUGAAUGAUUGCCUUGCAGUUGAGGAUAUAACUAGAAACAUGUUCAUUAAUGAGGCGGUCAACGUGGUUGAUGAGGUGAAUUUGGAUGUUCAUUUUGACGCCAGUGAGCUACAAGAAGCAAGUAAGAAAUUCAGUGAGAGUUACAGAAGAAAACUGGGGAUCGUGGCCCCUGACUUCACGUCCGCGUGA